AUGGCAUCUUCUACCUUCAAACUUUACCAAUAUACGCCUACCCUGGUCGGUGCGGUUUUGUUCGCUGCGUUAUUUUUCCUAACCACUGCCUUUCAUCUUUACCAGCGAAUCAGAACGCAUGCGAAAUACUUCAACCCUUUCAUUGUUGGAGGAAUAUUCCAGAUUAUCGGCUAUGCAGCUCGUGCCAUCUCUCAUUUCCAUACAACAGCGACUACACUAUAUGCCAUGCAGACUCUAUUUAUUCUGUUGGCACCGACCCUCUACGCGGCAUCCAUCUAUAUGGUCCUUGGAAGAAUCAUCACAUCCUUAAAAGGAGAACAUUUGAGCUAUGUGCCUGUUCAAUUCAUGACCAAGAUCUUCGUUAUGGGAGAUGUGCUCUCAUUUGUCCUCCAAGGGGCAGGUGGUGGCGUAAUGACUAGCAGUGGAUCCGCAAACCUCCUGGUGGUGGGCCAGUGGAUCAUUGUUGGGGGUCUCUGUGUCCAACUUGUCUUCUUUGGAGCUUUCUUGGUGACUUCUAUCAUCUUCAACUGCCGAAUCAUGCGAUCGCCUACAGAAGAGUCCCAGAUCUCGUUUGCUAGUGGGUUGAUCCCGCGGAACUGGCAAGGAAUCCUCUUCGCACUAUAUACUGUUAGUGUGUUGAUCUUGAUUCGGUCUGUUUACCGUGUCAUCGAGUUUAUCCAAGGGGACAACGGUUAUGUGAUCAGCCAUGAGGUUUUUCUUUACGUGUUUGAUGCCUUGAUGAUGUUCUUGGUCAUGCUCGUGAUGAAUGUCUUCCAUCCAUCCGUUGUUUUGCGGUCGAUCAACAACUCAGGCACAAAAGAGCCAAAAGGCUCACCAGCCGAAAGCAAACUCGCUUCUGCCGAGCUGCAAUGCUAG